AUGAGUGCCGUGAAAGUGGCUACGAAAGUGAAGAGAUGCCAGGCUUUGACCGUGCUGGUAUACUCGUGCGCCGCUCUCCUCACUAUGGUUCAGGCGGUGGAGUACUGGCGGCGAUACCAGAGGACACCAACGGUGACGACCUACCGAGUUGAAGAAAGAUGGAGUUUCCCCGCUCCCAAGAUCACCCUCUGUCGAACGCCAUCCUUCAAGAUAGGGCCGAAUUCCAACUUCGGCAAACUGAACCUAUCCUCUACAACAAAGGCUUUGGGAUCCAGUGGAGAAUGGCGUCAUACACUAUUCAGGAAUGAUGACGAAGAAUUCUAUAAUUACUUUCUCAGCCGAUGUUUCACAUUCCACCCCAACGUAACUCUGGGAGUGGGAAUGGAUUUUUCCGGCUAUUUCCUCAGAGUCAAUCCUCCUCCAAGUGAAUUUGAAAACGUUACGGUAUUCUGGUAUGUAUACAUCCACAAAGACCUGGGAUGGGGCUCCAUGUACUUGAAGUCUUCUUACACUAAAAUCAAGAUCAAGGAAGGAACAUCUAACCAAGUAAUUCUCUCGGGCAAAGAAAUCAAUCAAGUCCAUACUACGGCUUAUCCCUGCGAAUCCAGGGAAGGAUACAGCUCUGAUGAGUGCCAAGACACAUGCUUAUCGAAAGAGGCCCUCAAACGCACACAACUUUCAUGCCGCCUUCCGUCAAUGAACCUGUCAUUGCCCGUGUGCGAGGAUAUAUUGGAAGAAAUAGUGCCCUUGGCCAUGACUAUCGAUAGCGCCGCGAAGAGUUUCCUCAUGAAUUGCUCCUGUCUGUCACCGUGCCAAAAUUUCCGCUACUCGGUGGAUUUGCAGCCUCCCGACGACUAUUCCUUUUCGAAAGCAGCUCGACUGUCCAUCAACGUCCCCGAGAAUACGGUCGAGGUUCUCUAUGAGAGCGAAGCCUACGAUUUCAUCCAGAUGGUCGGGAAAUUCGGGGGAUGUCUCGGCUUGUUCCUGGGCAUCUCCCUCGUCUCCAUCUACGAGUUUCUUGACCAGUACAUCCGAUACUUUUUCACCCGAUGGAAUGCCAACCAUGCAGAUCUGCGAGGGCCUCUCCGACGCCCCUUGGGGGAAAUACUACUCAUGGAUGGGAGACCUGGAGCUCUCAAGCCUCCAGGCUUAAGGGCCAUGCACACUGACUGCGAAGAGCUGCGUUGCGACCACUGCGACAAUCGCAGCUCGUCGCAGUCGGUUGCAUUGGAGAUGCGUGGGACCUUCGCAGACGGUCGCAUUACGGAGUUCGCCCAGAAUGACAAUGUGUCCAGAUCGCAUCCGGUGGACUGUUCAAGCGGACUCCAGGGGGGAGAACUGUUCUACAUAGUUGAAUACACUUCAGGCGAAUCGCAAGGGAACUCGCAGAGGCGUCUCAUGUCUGCAUCAAGGACUGGAGAUUACCUACCACCAUCGUACGAGGAAGCCCAGUCCCUACCGCCACUAUCAUUGUCAGCGACACCCAUCUCAACGGCGCAGCAAUCCACAGGAAGAUCUUCAGGUGUGCCAGCCGCGCCAGGGACGCAAUCCGAACUCCCGCCAUCCUACGAGGACCUUAUCUGUGAUAAUGUUGGAAUCAAGCCCCUACGAAUCGACAUUCAGAGUGCACUUCCUGGUAGGAGGUAG